AUGAUGGGAGCCGUGAUAGGAAGCGAAGACGAAUUUCGAUUAAUACAAGAUCUCAAAAAUAACUAUGAUCCAAUUGAGAGGCCCGUCCAAAAUCAUUCGGAACCAAUUCGGGUGAAUCUUAGGCUUAUUCUUCAGCAACUGGUUGAUGUGCUUUUAUUUUCGGACGAGAAAAAUCAAGUAAUCACUUUGGUGUUAUGGACUCAAUUCACAUGGAAUGACUAUAAAAUGAGAUGGGAUCCAAAGGAGUAUGGUAAUAUUACGAACAUACAGUUACCGAACGAUUUUCUGUGGAAACCGGACAUAUUGCUUUUCAACAGCGCAGACGAGCACUUUGAUGCAUCUUUCCCUGUGAAUUUUGUUGUGUCAUCCAAUGGAAAUGUCCUCUUGGCACCUCCUGGCAUUGUGAAGAUCUCCUGCGAUUUGUCGAUGACGUGGUUCCCUUUCGAUGAGCAAAUGUGCUUUAUCAAGGUGAGUUUAGAUACUUUGAGUGAAGGUACUUAUGUUGGACCUCAUUAGCG